AUAACUUCUUUCUAAAAGGGGCUAACUUACGCCAAACAUAAUAUUUCACGCACAGAUGACAGCGUGUCGUAGGAAGUGCAGAGUCAACCUACUUAACGCUAUUAUUUCCUCACUCAAUGAAACCGAACCAAAUACCGCGUGCGCUGAUGGUCGGUAAGUGUAAGAAACGUUUGCUUGUCUCCCCUUUGCUAUCUUGUUCUACGUCUUCUUGAACUCAUUAAACAGUUCUCUCUUUUCUUCCAUUGUACCACUUUUUAUCAAGCCAAUCCAACAGUUUUUUUGUCUGGGAAAAGUGGCACAUCCGUGGCUCGAAUAAUGAGAUAGGAGGAACUGAAUUUUGACGCAUAAGAUCUUAAUAUCUCCAUCUUUAUAAUGAAGUAUAAUUUAUGGAAUGUUUUACUGCUUUGAAUUUCUCGUGUCCUUAUCAAGUACUUUCAUUCGAUAUCGUAGUAUAAAAGUUGGCAGUCGAAGUAUUUGCGGCCAAAAAUCAACGAUGGGAGGUUUGCAAGGGUUGCUGUUGGUGUUAUUCUUACAAGGCUUGCUUGGCUCAAGCCAUGUUCAAGCAAUCAACAACCGAUUUCUCCCAGACUCUUUCAAGAUUGGAGUGGCAAAUGCCGCUCCACAAAUUGAAGGAGCAUGGAAUGAGGGAGGCAAAGGAGAAACAAUCUGGGACAGAUUUGCUAUGACACGCCCCGAGAUGAUCAUUGACAGGUCAACUCCCGAAGUGGCUUGCGAUUCCUAUCAUAGAUGGAGAGAGGAUUUAGCUAUAAUCAAAGGACUGAAUUCGCAAUUCUAUAGGCUUUCAAUUGCUUGGUCCAGGAUUUUGCCAACCGGGUACUACAAUGGCUCGCAAAGCAUCAACCAAGAGGGUGUUAGAUAUUACAAAACCCUCCUGAGAGCACUGAAUGCGCUGGAUAUUGAACCAAUGGUGACUCUCUACCACUGGGACCUUCCUCAGCAACUGCAAGAUGACUUUGGCGGCUGGCUGAGUCCUAAAGUAGCUGACUUAUUCGCUGAGUAUGCUAGACUUUGCUACGAACUUUUUGGAGAUGAAAUCAGAUGGUGGAUCACAAUCAACGAACCAAAACAGGUAUGUGAAGCAGGGUAUGGUGUAGGUGUUUUUGCCCCUGGAAUUUUUAAACCUGGUGAAGGCAACUACAUUUGUGCUAAGAAUGUCUUGUUGGCCCAUGCUAAGGCCUACCGAAUCUAUGACGAAGAAUUUAGAGCAACAAACAAAGGGAAGGUAGCUAUGGUUAUCGACACCCCUUGGUUCGAACCAGGCAGUCAGAGACCAGACGAUGUUGCUGCAGCCGAGAGAGCUAGACUUUUCAUGUACGGUUUGUACGGUCACCCAAUUUACUACGGCGACUGGCCCGAAAUAGUCAAGGACAGAGUGGCACUGCGCAGUUACGGCGAGGGUCUCGAAGUAUCCCGCCUUCCUGAGUUCACCCCUGAAGAGAAGGAGCUGAUCAAAGGCACCCAUGACUACCUCACCAUCAACUACUAUGCCACCCACAUGGCAAACGCAACCGGGGAAGCCCCGUUCGACAGACGUAGCACCUACGAUGACAUGAACAUCAUCGAAUGGCUCAACCCUGCGUGGCCUAAAGGUGGACCCGAUUGGUUCUCGAUCUGGCCUAUGGGAUUGAGGAAAGUACUAAACUGGUUGAAAGAAACCUACGGGGAUCACGAAAUUGUCAUAACCGAAAACGGUCUCUCUGAUAACACUGGAGAUAUUCAGGAUCCUCACAGGAUCCAAUACAUUAGAGAUCACUUAAGUGCCUGUUUGGACGCCAUUUAUGAAGAUAACGUUCGUUUAGUAGGAUACAUGGCAUGGAGUUUCAUGGACGAUUGGGAAUGGACUGGAGGAUAUGGGUCAAGAAUAGGAAUGUACUACGUAGAUUACAAUAGUCCCAACAGGACAAGGACGCGAAAAGCUUCAGCACUUUACUUCAGGGAAGUAUGCAAAAACAGGUGUCUGGUAGCGAAUUGUGUGUAAAUCAAUGUUGUGAUAUAAAUACCUGAGAAUAAAAUGAUAUAUCUUAUGUAUCAACUACUAUGAAUGCUUUAUAAGUGAGGGAAGCAAAAAAUAUCCCACUUCUGAAUCUAAAUUUUGCAUACUAAGAAUAUGCCACUUUGUCCAAAGAAAUAAAC